UCUCUCUCUCUCUCUCUCUCUCUACUUUUUCUUUCUUUUCUUUACUAAUCUAUCACUUUCUCUACCAAAAAUUCAAUCUUUUUGAUAUAUAAUUUAUCUUCGUUGUGCAAAUUUUUAAUGGAAACCUCUUCAAGCUUGGAAUUGACAAUAUCCAUGCCCGGCGUCUCUUCAUCUCCUCCUCUUUCUUCAUUUGUGAGGGAUUUGGACAUAAACCAAGUACCAUCAGGUGAAGGAGAAGAGGAAUGGAUCACGGCAGGAAUGGAAGACGAAGAGGAAAUCGGUGGCGUUAACGGAGGAGGAGGAGGCCAACCUCGCAAGAAGCUCCGUCUCACAAAGGAACAAUCUCGUCUUCUAGAAGAGAGUUUCAGACACAACCACACCUUAAACCCUAGACAGAAGGAUGCGUUAGCUUUGCAGUUGAAACUGAGGCCAAGGCAAGUGGAGGUGUGGUUUCAAAACCGUAGAGCCAGGAGCAAGUUGAGGCAGACAGAGAUGGAGUGCGAGUUCUUGAAGAGAUGGUUCGGGUCGCUGAAGGAGCAGAAUCGGAGGCUACGAAAGGAGGUGGAGGAGCUGAGGGCCAUGAAGGUGGCUCCACCAACAGUGAUGUCCCCCCACAGUUGCGAGCCACUACCAGUAUCCACACUCACAAUGUGCCCUCGCUGCGAGCGCGUGACAUCCGCCGCGGUGGACAAGGGCCCAACCACGACUGUCACGACCGGCGACUCGACCCACAUAAUUGCGGCCACCUUGUCUUCUAAACUGCGUGCACCAACCCUCCCUUCGCGACAAUCUUAUGCGGCUUGUCAAUAAUCAGGAUUGGGCAAGUCAAGUAAGUACAAAUAACUUUAAAUUAAUUAGAAUACGUAAUUAAUGUUUCUAAUAAUUUACUCACACAUGGAUAUGGAGAUUGGUACUAAUUACUAGUUAGGUAUCCAUUUUAUAAUGUUAAUUGUUAUAUGGGAUAUUUCAACGUAAUUGGCAGCUGAUUUUCCAUUCAUAUUUUA